GAUCUUUGUGAACCGGAGCUUGGCACUGGAGAAGAUAAAAUGCUUUGGUUUUGAUAUGGACUAUACCCUUGCAAGUAAGAGGCCUUGAAUGUUGAGCCUGUGGAGUGCAUGGUGUUGCGAGGGAGGUGGGCGAUAACCAGCUGCAGCUUUUCAGGUAUUUGGGGCACUUUUCUGCUGAAAAGCUGCGUGACUGAUACAGACUGAUGCAUCCCUUGUGGUCUGGGUCUCUUUGUCCGUUGAUAAAUUGCAGAUACUUCUCCUGAUUUGGCCUGUUGGGGGCCUGUGUAUUUAUGGGAUAAGAACAGAAGGCCUGGGUCUGGAGCUAAUUCAGGGCCCCCAGGCUUUGGGGGCUGGCAGGCACACUUAGAAUUUUGAGGUGUGGGCCUCUGCAAAAUAGCUCGGGAGGGGGGUUGCUCAUUCACAAAUAAGUGACAUGGAGGACACACCUAGUGGACCGAAAUGCUACCUGCACCCCCCUCCAGAAAGUGGCUCACUUUUGUCCUUUGCUUCCCCCCACCCCAUGUCCAGAAUCACCAGCCUCCUCUCUCUCAGUCAGUCAUGGCUGCCUUAACCCACAGUUUAUUUUUUUUAUCCUGCCUUUAUUAUUUUUAUAAAUAACUCAAGGCGGCGAACAUGACUAAUACUCCUUCCCCAUAACAACAGCCCUGUGAGAGGAGCUGGGCUGAGAGAGAGUAACCGGCCCAAAGUCACCCAGCCGGCUUUUAUGCCUAAGGCAGGACUAGAACUCUCAGUCUCCUGGAUUCUAGCCUGGUGCCUUUUCCACUAGACCAACUGGCUCUGUUAACAAAAUUUAUUAUAUUGAUUGAUUGACCAGUUCAACAAGGGACUUAGUGAGCUGUAUACACUUCCAGUAAAAAUAAAAUGUAUUUUAUGUGAUGUGAAAAUCCAUCCAGGAAACCUGUAAAGAUGCAUUCUCCUUGCUGCAGGAUAGGAAAUCAGGCUAAGAAAACUCAGCCCACCGGCCAUGAUGGCUAAAUGGGAUUUUUUUUAUUCAGGAAAUUGCUGGGACCAAGAGCGGUCCUUGCAGGCUGUUUUCAUGUUGCUUGUGCUAUGCUGUGCUCAUGACCAGAUGUCCAUUUUGCUGAUGGAUUUCAAUUUUUGUGCUCUUUUGGAGCCCGCUUUUUGGUUUUGAGACGACCAUGCAGGCAAGCACCAAGAGCAAAGCUCGCACAGAAAAUGUUGGUCUUUUGCACCUUCUGCGUGUCCUUUGGAUUUGGUGACACAAAGAUGCACCAGGAAUGGGAGGGGCUCUGCUCUUUUUCACUGCAGUGUACAAAUCUCCGGACUACGAAGAACUGGCCUUUGAGCUGCUGCUGGAGCGGCUGGUGUCUGUUGGGUACCCUCAUGAAGUCCUGGAGUAUAAAUACGAUCCUGCCUUCCCUACCAGGGGCCUGAUCUUUGACGCCCAGUACGGGAACUUGCUGAAGGUGGAUUCCCGCGGCAACCUGUUGGUGUGUGCGCACGGCUUCCGCUUCCUCAAGGGGAGCGAAAUCUGGAAUUAUUACCCAAACAAAUUCAUUCAGAGGGACGACACCAAACGUUUUCAUAUUCUAAACACUUUGUUUAAUUUGACAGAAACCUACCUUUUUGCCUGCCUCGUGGAUUUCUUCACCAGCUGCUCCAGAUACGCGAACUGUGAGACAGGCUACAAGCACGGCAACCUCUUCAUGUCCUUCCGCAGCAUGUCCCAAGAUGUCCGAGAAGCCAUGGAUUAUGUGCACCUUUCCGGCUGCCUCAAGGAGAAAACGCUGGAGAACCUGGAGAAGUAUGUUGUGAAAGAUCCCCGUGUUCCUCUUCUGCUGAGUCGCAUGAAGGAUGCAGGGAAGAUGUUUCUUGCCACCAACAGUGACUACGACUAUACAGAUGCAAUCAUGACAUACUUACUGGACUUCAGUGGAGGAGACAUGCAGGACCAAUCCGAGCAUCGACCGUGGCGCUCUUACUUUGAUCUGAUUGUUGUCGACACUCGCAAACCACUCUUCUUUGCUGGGGGAACUGUUCUGCGGCAAGUCAAUACAGACACAGGGAAGCUGCGAAUCGGGACCUACACAGGACCGCUUCAGCACUGUGCCGUCUACUCUGGAGGUUCCUCAGACAUGGUAUGUGAUCUCUUGGGCAUGAAGGGCAAGGACAUUCUUUACAUUGGCGAUCAUAUCUUUGGGGAUAUUCUCAAAUCUAAGAAGAGGCAAGGAUGGCGCACGUUCCUGGUGGUACCAGAACUGGCUAAGGAGCUGCACGUGUGGACUGAGAAGAGUGAACUCUUUGAGGAGCUGCAGAGUCUGGAUGCGUUCUUGGCUGAGCUGUACCAGCACUUGGACAGUGGGAGCAGUGAGCACCCAGACAUCAGCUCCACCAAGAAGCGGAUCCAGUUGGUCACCCGUGAAAUCGACCGGUGUUACGGGAAGAUGGGCAGCCUCUUCUGCUGUGGCUUCGGCCGGACCCUCUUUGCCAGCCAGCUGAUGCACUACGCCGACCUCUACGCUGCUUCCUUUGUGAACUUCCUCUAUUACCCCUUCAGCUACCUCUUCCGGGCACCUGCAGCCCUGAUGCCCCAUGAAUCCACAGUGGAGCACAUAAAGACGGAGACCGCUGAGGUGGGCUUGCUUUCAGGGCAGUGGAUGCACCAGCUCAGGCAGCAGAUCCUCAAGGAAAGUCUGGACGGGGCAGGCGUGGAACCUGACCUGCACUGAUAACGGAAAGUCUCUGAAAGGAAACCUCGGCCACCCCCCUCACCCAAGCUUCUCCCGCGGAGCCCCUGAUGGAUAGCCGCCAUCUUGGCUUCCCACAGAAAGCAAGAAUUGCUCACCAGCCUCGCAGAAAGCGUUCCUGAUCCCUGCUGUGCUGCUGCUUCUCUGUUCUGCGCAGAAGGGUCACCCUGCUAGUCGGCCUAGACGCCGAGACGGAAUCCAUCCAGCGACCAGCCGGAGGCGCACCUCUUCCAGCUGCUGCUUUUCAGCGCCUCAGAAACAGCCUCAGAAGAUGCCUUUGCAAGCUGGGAAUAGGGAAAUAACCUGCACGCUGUAUUUUCACUGUGCAACUCUCUUCCUGCAAAUGGUUUGGCAGAAACUCCUGAGCCUGGUCAAUGCUUUCUGACCACACUCAGGAAUCCCCAGCUAAAGGGGAGGGCAGAGGGAGUGUCCUGACUUAAGCAAAAAACCAUGCUGAGACAAGUAAUCAGUCGCUAGCGUUUAUUAACUGCUCUAGUACACAGAAAAUCCUACCAAACUGAAGGAUCGCGGGAAAUCCAGACAGAUAAACCCCAAAACUCAAGGCAGGUCUGCUCCGAGUUUCUCUGAAGGACAGUUCAAAGCCUCUAAACUACGCAUGCUCACCAUCUGUACUCAUGACAUCAAGGGACGUUGGCUGCUCUCAGCCUGCCCCAUUGUUGCUCUGGGGAGCUUCUGCCAGUCAGCAUGGAGGGGGUGGGGCAGGGUGCACAACCUGCGUCUGCUCACAACCGGGAUCCUUCAAGCAGCACGUCCCGGCUCAGAAACGCCUCCAUCACAGCCAGAAGGUUCACAGAGCCUUGUGCCUCAGCAGCGCCCUUCGACGCAGAGGGCCCCCGAGGAGAGGGUCUUGCUUUCCCAGAGGGAUGCCUGGGGGCCAAAUAGGGAAUGGGGGUUUUAAGCUGAUGUAACUUACGGAGAAGCCAGCCGGAGCCCCUGAAAGAGCCCUGUGCGUUGAAAGCCGCUCCUGUGAGGCGGAGCAUAAACCCACUGUAAGGAAAAGGCCCGUUUGCUGCUGGCCUGAGGAAUUCUGAGCAGCCAGAAAGCUGCCCACACCGAUCGGCCAGGUGUCUGUCGCCCCAGGAGUUUCCUGGUCAUGCCAGCCUGUGGCGAGUGUGGAGCGAGGCCGUUUCCCCCAGUGAAGUGUGUAGAAAGGCCAUAAGCAAAGUCACAGUGGCUUCCCUGUUGAAGGAGUUGAUUUGCGCAGAGCAAGGAGCAGCGAGUGCUCCUCCAGUCCGAGGGCUCUCAGGGCAGGGCCUCUUGAGGAAGGAGACGCAGUUCAGGGCAAGGCUACUUGUCAGGUGGACCAUGGUACGUGUUUUGCCCACCUAAAUGAAAAGAAAAUGCUCAGAAAACCAGCCAUCCCACCCCCCUCCAGAUGAGCUGACCUCUCUUAUCCAUGCACUGGUUUUGUACCAAUAAAAGAGGAAGCCUUAAGUGUA